AUGGCGACCGCAAGUCAACAAAGGCCUCUGCCUCUUUUACGGCGGCCUUUGCCACCAAAACAAGAACCGCCAGCGUCUUCAUUCCGCCCUGGAUCAGAAGCUAAAUACUCUCAGACCGACGGUAAUUACAAGGUGUCGGCAAAAUCGCCGGAUGUGUUAAGCGCCAAACGACUUGUUAAUGUGAAGUCAACUAAAGUCGUCGACUCCACGUUGCGGGAAGUCAGAUUUCAUGGAGACGUUCCACUACCUGUAUCUUCCGUCGUAAAACCGUAUAAAACAAAGGGACCCGAUCCGUUACCGCCAAGACCUCCGAGAAAACCAAGAGAAUUGCCCACAGAGGCAUUCAUAAAAGAUUCAUACACAAGACCGCCUCCAGAAUUCACGUUAAAACACUUUCUGAGAAGAUUGCCUUCCCGCGCUAAUCCGGACGACGAUGUAGAGCCAAUGGUUUCAGAACAAAAUUAUGAAAAAUUAACAAGCUGGUUUGCAGCCAAUAAGCCCCAUCAGGCAACGGUUCAUAGUCUUGAAAUAGACAGUAAGUAAUUCAUUUCAGGUUCUUUUAUUUAUAGGUUAAUAAUUAAGUUAACAUAUUGAAAUCAGAGCGAUUGCAUAUGUUUCCAUGUCCCAAGAAAUGAAAUGUUUCCUUUCCAAUAAACAAUAAAUGCUCUUUCUUUUUGUUAACGAAACCUAGUAAAUCACGGAUAAUUAAUGUUAAAAGGUAAGAGUUUGAUAAUUAAGCUGAUUAAAAGUUAGGACUGCGCCGGGGGACUGCGCCUUUCGGACACCAAAAGUUCAGACAACUUUUUGGAAGAAUUCAAUAGCAAUUACUUUCCCUUAGAAUCCAAGAUCACUCAAAAGUAUGAGAAUCUAUUAUGACUUUUUAGUCUUCAUGUUACGCAAAAUUUCUCUCCACACAGAUGAUAUUCAUGUUCCAGAUGUAUCCCCAAGAGUUCCAGCAAGACAGCUGCUGAUAGGUUAGUACAGACCGUUUGUGAGGACAAGGUUUCAGUCAGAGCAAAUACAACAUAAAAUGUACUUUAAACAACCCAAGCAACCCCACCACAGUUGACUUUCUUUAUAACAGCAGCGGUGGCAGAGCGUUUUGAAACGUGGGGUGGAAGGGCUCAUCUUUCACUCAGCUAUGCACGUACCCUUUCUCAAAUUUUCCAAAAUACCCUUUGCGUUUUUCCUCGAUACAAGCAAACUUCUUUGCAAUCCUCACAGUAUUGUAAAUACUUUUGUUCAUGGGCCAUCAUAGCUUGAUAAGUUUAUCACCGCUGUUGGUGUUCUAUUUCUUAUCAAUCUUCUAGUGCAUUGGUAACUGAUUUGAGACAAUACGUCAGUAGGCAGUUGUUCAGGUGGUCCUGCUUUAGGCAGUUUUUGUGUCACCUAAGGGCAGAAAAUGAGUGCUCUGAUGUUGCUGAUGCCACAGGUAAUUCUGCUUGUGAUAAUUACUGUUGGCAUCAAAAGGUGGGGGCUGCACCCCCUCAAAUUUUUGUUUGGGAGGGCUACACCUCCAACCCCGCCACCCCCAUGCCUCCUACUCUAACACCUACGUUCAGACACAAAAUGGUGAUUUUAAGGUUUCUCACUAAAGCAGGUCAGGUUAUAACUGUCAUAGUAAUCAUGUGUGUAAAAGAAGAAAAAAAAUUAGAAAAGACAGUCAUCAUGCCUUGUUUUUCCAUUCAGAGAUGCAGUUUCAGGGAAUGGAGACAUCAUUCUCUCCAGAUCAAGACUUUCCCUUCAUUCAAGAACGUUCAUCAACAGUAUUCCCAGUCACACCUGCAGCCUCCAAACUGACAAUACCUGCCUCAAGAUUUGCACUGCUGCCGCCAAUAGAACCUGAUACCGAUGAGGAUGGAGAGACUCCACAUACAGCCAUAAAAACCUUUGGUCAAACAACGGCUGCAGAUACUAUACCUACUUCACAAGAGAAGAGAGCAGAGAGACUUUCAUUGUCACGUGACGAAGCGAUGGACAGAUCUAAGGAGUUGAGAGCUAGAUUUGAUCAGUCACAUAUACCAGAGAGCAAAAACAACUGUACAACUUUCUCAAAAGGCAGGAAUGAUGAAUCAAUGUCAGAUAACAAGAAGGCAGUUGUUAAGGAGAGAAUAAUUAAUUUUGAUGACGUGUAAGUUUAUUCUUGGCUGAUUGUUUUUGGGUCUAUUGUUUACUGUCAUGGGAUAGUUUACUGGGCUUAAUAUAACUUACUGGAAAUAAUCCUAGCAUCCUGAUCUUCUCAAAGCUGCAACUGCGUUUUACAAGGUUAGGCUAAAUGUAAUUUAGGUGAGGUUAAACACAAGACAGUGCUGGCCAGUGGUCUCCGUCUCUUGUCGUAGGAAGAGUAAUCCAAGGGCAUUUGCUGUGCCUCAGUAGUUAUAAUUAUUAUAACUAUAAACUUCAGUCAAUAAAUAUUAUUAUUGACGAGGUUUAUGAGAAUGCUAACAGGAAUGAGUGAAAUAAGUUAUUUAUUUCAUUUUUUCCUGUUUGCAGUCUGAUAACCCUUAAGAGAGAAUCGAGAUGAGUAGUGUAGAUUCCCUUAACAAAAUUUCUACCCUGUAACAGCUCUGUAGCAUCACUGGAACAGGGUUGUAAAACUAACCUGUAACAACCCUGUUACAGCUCGUCAUUUGGCACAGUUAGCAAGGCUGUUUCUACACUGUAGCAGCCUUGGAACAGCCCUGUCACGUUUAAUGCAAAAUUUCUUAGUAGACACCCUGUAACAGCCAUGUUACAACCCUGUUUCCACCCUGUGAUGGACAUCCCUGCCACAGCUCGUGAAUUGGCACAGUUAGCAAGGCUGUUUUUACACUGUGGCAUUCCUUUAACAGCCUUGGUACAGGUUUCAUGCAUCACAACCCUGUUACAACUGGUUAAGUGGCAGUUAACAAGGUUGUUUUUUUUUUACCAGGUGCCAAUGUUGUGAUACUCCCUCUCACAAAAUCUGCACUUUAGACAGCAGCCGUUUAACUUCUAUACAGUAGGAUUAUAGUACUAUCAGAACAUGAUUUUUUAGAACUUCAUAUCUAUUAAAGAUGAAACUUCAUGUUUUUUAGGCAUAUUUGAACUCAUGAAAAUUCCUGAAGCAAAGGAACGAUUUGUGCCACAAAACGCUUCAAAGUUGAACCACCAACGGCUGGUUUAGUCCGUUUAGUCACUUAAGUAACAAAAGCGAUGCAUUUCAACAAACAUGCAUUGAAAGAACACUUUCAAUAACGGAAAACAGUAAAUACAGUCAAUUAAGAACUUAACGUUACUUUAUUUUUCACGUGCCCAUGUUACAGUGUGUAAAAAUAUAAACAGAACAAAAUUUGAACUGCAUGCAACAUUCUGAUCUGGCUUGUAAACAUCUUGUCAUAGUUGCUCUAUUUAAUGUACAACUAGCACGUCAAAAUGCCGACUUUACAAUAACUGUCUCAAAAAAAAAAAAAGAUUUUUGUCAGCAAUUAUAAGAGAUGAAACGCGGAAUUGUUCCAUUGGAACAACGGUUCCGAUUUUGACAGUUUAUAAUAAUUCUUUUGUUUGGUUACGUCGUAACAAGGCUUAAUUUGAAAUCGCUCACCUCGAUCGUCUUUCCUUCAUGAUCCACAAUGUGUUACAUUUCCUCAUGAAAAGAGCCGAUCCAUUUGUGUUUCAGUUGUUGCUGCAUUAUUUCUAGGAAGGGCAAACAAUCUUUGAAUCUUGCAAGUGCCGCGGAAUGUUUUCUGUCGACUAGAUCGAUCUGUUUCCCAUUCGUUGAGAGCUGGUCAAAGCACAGUUAUUUUUUUGCUAAUACGUUUUCACUCUCUGCUUCAAAAGCAGCAAAAAACGCUCUACAGCCUUUUUGAAUCCAAACUGGAUGCAGAAAACGUUUGAAUAUUUUCGCCUUGAUUCAAAUGAUCGUGAGUCGUUUCAGGAAUGGAGAUGUGUAAUGCGAUCUUCCGGUAACAGUGCUGACCAAUAAGAUUAAGGUCUUGGAUUUCUCCAGGGAAUUACCCAUGGCGUGUCUGUCACGGAAUGAAAAUAUUGAAGUUCCCUCGAUCUCUAAGGAAAGAAUUUAAUUCCAUGCUUGCAGAGGUCUCUCACGCAGGAAAACGAAUUGAAGUGAUCUAAAAGUCUUUCAUUUUUAGUGCUGUAAAAAAUUAAUUAAGUUUCAGCGUUUUUUUUUAUUCAAAAGAACAGGAAAAACAGGAGCUGAUGAGAUAGGUGUUGAUCAUAGGAAGGUCUUCGUUUUUAACAUGAGAUAAAAGUGUUAUAAAAUAUAAAGAAAGCAACUUCAAACUACAAAGGUAGCCACAAAAUCGGUAAUUAAUUAAUGUUAGUAUCAAUGAAAAAAAAAAAAGAAAAAACGAAGCAAAUCCAAGCAAAACCAAAAACAGCAUAUUAAAUGGUGUACAAUAAUCGUGUUUGAUGAUUUAGCGAUACCAUUUUCACCAAGUUCUUUUUCGUUUUAUUUGUUAUUAAUGAUCUAGCUGACCCUCGCACCUUUUACACUUUUAGACUUUGAAAAAUAUUGCCAUCUUUCUAUUAAUUUAUGGAGUUUAGCGUACUUGGCUACAUUGUUACUGCCCUUUGAUUAUUAUCCAUUGUGUGAACAGAAAUAGACAUCUCACAGCUCUGCAGUAACCCGGUUACUGUCAAAUGUACCCAACACAGCCAUUCUACAUCCCUGUCCUAGUUCUUCUGCAUUACUAGGUAGCCCUGUCUUAACCCUGUUACGGUAACUGGAUAUUUUCACAGCCAUGUAACAGGCUUGUUACACUUAACUAUGUACACUUUUACAGCCCUGUCACAGCUCCACUUGUUUUAACUCAAGUAAGUUGCAGCUGCGUCACAUCCCUGUUACAGCCAGUUUACAGCCCUGAAAUAACACAAACAGGGCUGGAAACAGGAUUUUACAGGGCUCUCACAGGGUUUUUGCAGGGUAGAAUUUUUUCUAAGGGUUAUGUAAAAAAAAAUUUUUCAUCACCGUCCAAGGUGAAAACCUGCGAGGAGGAAGACUUAUUUCUAAGGUUGUGAUUCUUGUUUUUCUCAUUUGACAGAUCAUUCAACCAACAACCCACCACUUUCCCAGGAAUGGAGGUCAUUCUGCCUAGCUCCCAACCAGAAUACUUCCAAGGAGAGGAAUUACCAAGAACAUCCUCACCAUUUGGUGUGUAUUCACAUGUUUUUUAAGUAUAAGACCAUUUAUAUCCAGUUGUAGUUUGUGGGUGUGGAGGAAGCAGGAAAGGGUAAGAGCACUAAAGGGAAUUUUUCUGGUGGUGGACAAAACAGCCUGCUUUCGUUACCUUCAGGGACCGUUGCUCUAAAGAGGAAAACAAGUAAUUGAGUUAGCCUACGAAAACAUCCGUUUCUCUUCGCUCCUCGCCGCUGGGGACGUUUCGCACAGAGGAACGUCUGCGACUCAGCGACAGAAAUUCCAUACUGAUGACAUAAAAUUUGUCCGGAAUCUGGUCAGAAGUGCUGAUUGGUCGACGGAGUAGUUACAUUGUUUUAGCCAUUCUUUACGAAUGACAGACAAAAGACAAAAAGCCACAAAGGUCAAAUGUAAACGUGAAGAAUCUCUAACAAAACAGUCAAUGUUUGUGGAAUAUAGUCUUCGCUAGAUAAAGUAAUUGAGAUUUGCUGGCACUCGUUGGCAGAUGAACACAACACUUCACCAAAAUCGACCAGAAGACAGGUAAAAUUUGGACAAAUUUAUAUUUGGAACCCCAUGACCACCGGAUUUAUUAUGUAAACAUUGAUUUGUGUCAUCAGUAUGGAAUUUCUGUCGCUGAGUCGCAGACGUUACACCGCGCAAAACGUCCCCAGCGGCGAAGAGGAGAAACGGAUGUUUUUGCAGGCUAUAAUUGAGUAAGAAAAAUGACAAAUUUAAUGAAACAGAAAAAAAUUAGCAAUUAUUGAAUGAGGCUGAGUGUUAUAUGAAUAAUUAUGCAGAUUGAGGAGGGUUAGUCAAAACAGGGUAGUCCAUGCACUGGGGUCAGUGUUUUGUCCACCACCAAUUUAAUUAAAAGCAGGAUAAUUUUAAUUCUGAAUCUCAUCCAUAGACAAAGUUAGACCAAGGAUGCUUACCAUUUGUCAGAACUGCCCAGCCAGACCAGUCCAGUUGUAAGGAGAAUUUCACUAUUAAUCUGGAAUGUCCUGCCAGAUCAAUGUUGUAAUAUGCAUGGUAGUGAUGUUUUUGGUAAAAAUAUCUAGAAAGGCUUAUAUUUCAAUUUCAAAAUGACCAGUGUGGCUGGCCUGUCUCCAUAACUUAUAAUUCACCUAUUCAUCCCUGGACAAUUCAGAGACAAAACACUGUGUGAAGCUGCUUAAGCUGUAUCCUGGUCACCAUUUAGACAGAGAGGACAAUUUCCUCAAAACGGUUUGUCCUAAAAUACAACUGUUUGAAAUUCCAAUGGCCCUUACAGAGUCGGGGCUGCUUGUGAUAACAGCUGGUUGUUUUCUUCUCUCCAUGACAAGUUAGAAAAAAUUUUCCAGGAAUCUCAUUUUCCUAUUAUUCUUACUUUCUUUCUUGUUUUCUUCUUCAGUGAGUGCUGAUGUUUAUGAUGGACAAAUGUCACCUUUGGAAGCUGUCGUUUUGAAUGCGAUGAUGACAGGUUCAUCAGUGCUUAAUCUCCGUGCUCACUUCCUUAAUCGUCUCCCAGAUCUCAGCAGUCUGGCAGGAAUGCUUACGCACUUAAACCUCUCAUUCAAUGAUCUCUGGGUAAGCAUGAAACUUGUCACUACUUGGUGCUUUCCAACGUGAGAAAACAGCCGAAAUUUCGCGAUGCCCCACCACUGAUUUGCCCCACGAAAUGACGUCUGAGAAUUCCAUACUGAUGACGCGUCACUAUUCAGAUCUGGGUAGUGCUUCUGAUUGGUUGUGCUGUGCCAAUAAGCCAAUCAGAAGCACUUCCCAUAUCUAGGCGGUGACACAUCGUAAGUAUGGAAUUUUUACGCUCAUUAAUCAGACGUCAUUUUGCCAGGAAACCAGUUGUGGCGUCACGAGAAGUCGGCUGUUUUCUCAGGAAAAGUAUUUUCCAACUAACAAUUUUGAAACCAAAGAGUAUGCAAAGCCCAAUCUUAAAGACGCUACAUCACUGUUUUUGUAUCUUGAAAUUUUUGCGUAAACUUUUCAGAUAAGUCAUUUUUUGUAAACUUCCCCCACAACCAACCUUAAUCUUAAAUAGUUAACUGUUAAAAUUUCCCUGAACCGGAACCCCCGCCAUACCCUUUGGUCACCUCAAUACAACUUUCUUCGCUAAGAUCAAGAGAUUUUCAAACCAUACCAGAAUGAGCACAAUUCAGUCAAGGACACCGGAAAAAAGUCCACGUGACAUUGACCUGAAAAUCUCCACUUGUCCCAUUGCCCACCUUUUUUUCUGAAAGAUCCUGUUUUCUUAAAAACUACCAAAAUGAAGUGCCCAGCAAGAGCCAAAGCGAAAAAGCGUGAAGACUUUUUUAAACCCGAAUCUCGAAAUUUUGCCCGCAUGCCUCACCUGUUUUUGCAUCUGGAUCAGAAGGCCGCCAAGUGUACGACCUGUAAACCGGUUUUGUUUUUACUUUUAUAGCACGACAGUGACCAGAAAACCACUUUCUUCAAAACGCGUUUUUCGGCAAAAUCAGGCUGUUUUUGGAUCCCCGCCAUUUCACCUAAUCUACAACCUUUAUUGUCCCUAAAAACGACCGACUCUUAAAAUUUUUAAAGGGGAAGAGUUUUUGCCUCACCUGUUUUCACUUCGUUUUUUUGUUCGUAUAUACGGCCUUGUUGAAUCAUUGUCAAUCCGACCGCUCUUUAAAAUUUACAGACUGAAGAGUCAAUUUUCUUUUUGUUCGUACCGUUACAAACUCCAACGGGCAUGGUUUCAAUCCCAGCAAAAUUUACAGACAGACGUGGCUGUCGUUAUAAACUUUUCUCACUACGAGAAGAAUCACAGACCAUGGAACCUCAAACAUUGAACAUUAAAAAGUGAUUUUACAAACUGCUCUGAUAUUUAUCAACUGAUAUAUCUCAAUUCUGACGAGAUCUCAAUGUAACUAUAUAUAUUUUCUUCACAGAUCUUUCCUUCAGAAAUAUUUCAGCUUGUGAAUCUGGUUUCUCUUAAGUUGAGAAACAACCCCGUUAAAGAAAUUCCUCAUGGUAUGUCAAAUAAUGAGUCUAUGAUUUUGAUUUUUUUCAAUGAACAUUUAUACAAGAGAAAUCACUAGAAAUUAACUGCAGAUUUAAACAGGUUUGCAUCGUCCUCUGGAAAAUGGUCCGAUUUUUUGAAACAAAAAUGGCUCUGCAUUCGCUCUCGCACUUCUUCCAUCUCCUUCAAUUUGUCAACUGUUUGCGAAUUUUUCCCGGGAGUUGAGUUCUUAAGGGCCCGGUUCCUCGAAAGAUGGUUAAGUUUAACCCCGGAUUGAGCCAAAUUUCAAGCACGGUUUUCUCGUCUAACAACAUGCAACUCGAGGUUACAGAAUACUGUUAAGCCUUUACUUGACGAGAUACAGAAAUGAGAACACAAAACGUUACCCUAAGCGAUACAUAGGAAUGCAUAAAAUACAAAAACGGAACGAAAUUUAAAUCCUGGAUUUAUGCUAAUCGGCCUUUCAGUAACCGGGCCGAGGUCUGUAUCUAAGUUGACAAAAAGUUAUAGAAAACCGUUGUUAUGUGUUCACGUUCUCCAUAAAACGUUAAACGACUGAAAUUAGAAAGUUCCACGUCGUAGUCGUGCAAUGACGUCAAAGAAAUGUACAAAAAUGGGUGAUGCACGUGCGAAGUUGUUGUUUUUCUAAAUCUAGGCCUAUUGCUUUUUGCCGUUGUUGUUCGGCGCUGUCAUUGUCGUCGUUGCUUAACCCUUCAAGCCCUAAGAGUGAUCAGCAUUAAAUUUCUCCUUGUAAUAUCAAUGCUUUGUAAAACAGAGUGGUCAUGAGAAUUACGGACAUGAUCACACAAGAUGAAUCUGCUUGAUAUUUUGUCAACCUCUCCCCACUACUUCUGUAGAAAAUGAAUAGGGACAACAAAUGAGAAUUCAAAUUUUGAUCUUAGGGUGCAAAGGUUUAAGCUUCUGCGGACGACACAGCAGAAAGUUGCCUCUGCCCAUUUGAUACUUCACUUUCUUAGAACAUCGGUGGCUGAAAAUAUGAGGUUUAAAUUGUAACGUACAGUUCAUUCGGCAAAGAAUUAAAUACAUCGUCCAAAUUUUAAAGUCGCCGCAAUGCCAAAUCCGAGUCACAUUUUUUUACAAGUAAAUUAGUUUAAAUCCUACGAAACUGAAGUUAGUAGAACUUAGCGCAUUACAAUUGUACUUUGAUCCGUUAGAAAAAAGAAAACAGAACGAGACUAUAACGGUUCUCUCAAUCCAAACUAGAGAGACUGAACUAUUUGAAAUCUUUUGAGCAGAGUAAAUGAACGUCACUGAUGUUUUCCUUUGUUAUCAUUUACAGAUAUAAAAAAGCUCAGGAGACUGAUAGUGUUCGACAUUUCUUUCAAUCUUCUUACCUCGUUACCGAAAAGGUAAGCUCUUCAGUUGCAAUACAUAUACUCGACGCGCUUGCGCCCUUCCUCUAAAUAAAUUACUGAAUUUAGGGCGCUAUCUGGAAGCUCAGUUUAAACAUUACACGUUCAUUCCUGACUAGCGAACGUGAUUAUUUCUUGUCAGUUAGCCUACAGCCUCAGUCUAAAUUGUCGGGACACUUUGCUGUCUUCUUGCCCUCCCAAUGUUGGUGUGCAAGAUUUGGUGAGUCAACUGCGAUAAACAACAUUGGGAGGACGAGGAGACGGGCCAGGGGCCCGUUUCUCGAAAGUCCCGGUAACUUUACGGGCCCGAAAUCAAAUAUUCAAAUCGAAAUAUAAAGAAUAAGAGCGCGGGCCCUGGCUAGCAAACUACUCCAUUUUGUUUCAUUAACUGACAGUUUUAUCGUGUCAGAUAAAAAACUAUUGAAACCUCGAUCUUUAAUGUAAACGGAGACAGCUUACCGGGCCCGUUAAUUAUUGGGACUUUCGAGAAACGGGCCCCAGAAGAGAAAAAAAUGUGUUGGGUGGCAGAGUAGUUAAGCUCCUACGUUGAAUAUAUUUAUAUGUUUUUAAUUCAAAGCACAAUGGAACUUCUUUCCCUAUGAACUCCUCUCUGUUGUAGAAAGUUGUUUGUGUCCCAAAGAUAGUAAACUUCGUUCUCCUUCAGGUAUUUUGACUGAUAAUUGCUAUUUCUUUAGUCUCUUUCAGUUAAAACAUCUUGAAAUUUUAGAUCUGGCUUACAAUCGUCUCUCAUUUAUCCCUUCAAACAUUGGAAAACUAAGGUAAUGUGAAUGAAAUGGCUGCACAACAUUUCUUGUCAAGUAUAAAAAGUCCAUCGAAGAACAAUUUAAGCACAUGCAUAGUGUUAAAGCUAGACUACGAGCUUUCUCUCUUUUUUCUUGGUCCGUCGAGCAGAACGCCCGAGACACGUAAGCCGCCCUCGUUUCUCGCGUCUCGCGGCUUCGUCAAUCAACGCUCGCGCGCACGUGCACUCCCCUUACUAAAUCUGACGAAAGAGAGAGACUGCUCGCAGUCUAUGUUAAAGACAAACAACUAGAAAGUUGGGGUUGAUUUUAAGGUACACACUAGGCGACAUGUCGCUGCAACACGUCUCGGUGACAGACAACUUCAUGUGAACGGAUCUGGCGACAAAUCGCUUCGUUUCUACUGGAGAAUUUUUGUGAAAAUGUAGCUUCCCCCUUUUUGAUUAUGUUACUGCUAAAGUUAGUAUCGAUUUAACUUAAAACUACAUUUUAACAAACUCGCAAUCCAUAGUUACUUAGUGCUAAAAAUCUCGUGGCGAGCGGAGGAGGAUGAAAUCACUUUUAGGGCGAUUGAAAAAUAUCGGUAUGGUCUCCGUAAUAAUCAUAUCCAAUUAGCCUUGCAAAAACCAGUGGAGGAGAUAGACUCUGAUAUUUGAAUGUAUUAUGUUUCGUUACAGCUGUCUUAGAGAAUUAAACCUUGAAGGAAAUCAGCUUGGUGCCAUGCCAGUAGGAGCUCUGUAUCUUAAUAUCAAGUACCUUAGAAUAAACAACAAUUUUACACAUCCUCUUCUGUGGCGAGAAACAGCAACAAACCAACCACAGGUGAGAAGAAUGGCUAAGGCUGCGUGCAAAUGGACGCAACAACUGCCAACAUUGUUGGGCCAACAAUGUUGGGAGUUGUUGCGUACAUGUUGGCAGUGGUGUGCAAACGGAUGCAACAACUCCCAACAAUGUUGGGACCUGCAGUCCAUCGUGGGAAGGAUGCAACCCAUAAGUCUUUGUAAACCAUGCGUAAUGAGCGUGCGUGGCCCCAACAAUGUUGGAAGAGCUGUGCAAACGGAUCCAACAUUGUUGCGCUACGCUUCGGCGAUCACGGAACAAAAGAAAUGCUGGGAGUUGUUGGCUGAAAAGUUUGACCGGUUUCAAACGUUGCGCAACAACACGCAACAACAUCCAACAACAUGCAACAUGGGAGUUGUUGGCCAACAAUGUUGCGUCCGUUUGCACGGGGCUUAAGAUGACUUAAUAAACCUUUAGUCACGUGCUUGGAUACCACUUAGCAACGGCUUGAUGGAUGGCACACAUCCAAGCGUUCAUUCCGAUUAUAAGGCUUUGAGUGCAAAGAGCGAAGCAUUCCUUUUUCUGUUAAAAAUUAAGCGAAAUGACUGGACUACGAAACUUAAAAGACGUUUGAAUCAACCUGGGAAAGCUUUGCCCGAUCGCACUUCAAUCUGAAUAAACACCCGGAGGGUUUGCUAUCCAGCGAGCCGUUGCUAAGUGAUAUCUAAGCGCGUGACCAAGUUCUGCAAAGGAAUAAUUUGGCUCACAAUGCGUUCUAGAUUUUCUUAUUUGAUGGAUCAGCAAUGCCACUGUUUUGAUAAUUAGCCUUGCUUAACGGCAGAAUAUCCUGCCGUUUUGAAGCAACCCCUAAGAGUAGGUGGAUACUCGUAUCCACGUAUUCGCGUAUGCAUUAUGGUGAUUCGAAAAUAGAAAACUGACAAAAAUAACGCAUGUGUUAACCGAUUCCAGUCCACCGGUAGGCUGAUUUCAUACAGAAACGAGGGUUGUUCUUCGUUUAGAUGAUACUAUUGCGAAAUUUCGCACGGAAAUGAAAUUGUUGCCCUGGUAGAGCAACCAGGGUGAACUCACACCGGUGUGACAUUUUUUGGUGGUAUCCGGGAGGAGUAUUCGAAAAAUGUUUAUACGGGGAGACUCUGCCCCGAGGUCCAACCCCUUACCCUUUUAUAUACCAUUUUUCACGAAAAAGGUACCCCUUUCAUAUACCUUCUAUUGACAAAUGGUACCCCUUUCACAUACCUUGUUUAGAACUUUGCAUCCCUUUUUACUUUUAACUUUUGGGCCCUUUUACAGACCCAGAUGACAGAUUUCCUUACCUUUUAAUAUACUUCAACCAGUAAAAUCCCUACCCAUAGAUACACUUGAAGCUUGAAAAAGGUCCCCCUUUCGGGGGAGCCUCCCCAUAUAGGCCAUUAUAGGGAGUACCCACUGGGGGUAUGCAUGUAAACGAAUACAGAACCACCAGAGGCGUAGAAAUGAGCCGAAACUGGGGCCCGUUUUUCAAAAGGCCAGCUAACGUUACGGUUCCGGAGGCAAAUUUUUUUAAAUCAAAAGUUGUUGAAUAGUGGCAAGGUUCCUAGCUCACAAACCGGUCAAUUUUGCCUCGUUAACUGAUACUGUUAUUGUAUCAGUUUAAAAUUAUUGAAACUUUCAUCUUUAAUGCAAACAUGGCAAACUAAAAAAACAGCUUUUCGGGCCCGAAAAGUUGUCGGGACCUUGGGGCCACCGGUAGGAAAGUCGCCUCGGUACCAUGUGAACACCACCGUGUAUUGUUGCCCUCAGAGAGAAAGUUGACGUAUUUUAAAAAGGGCGAAUCAUUCGUUCACAAACUGUGUUCAUGUUUUUUUAUGGUACCUUAAUGGUUUUUAACUGGCAACCGAGCCCGACCCCCAGUAUUCAUUAUCGAGUUGCAAAAAGGAUGUUUUAAAUCUGAGUUUUCUUUGAUAAGGUAAAAAAGUGUGGGAGGUUGCUCAGUGCCCCUUUACGGAAAUUUCUUGGACUUUGGGAGAAUUUGAAUCUUGACAUGUUAUUUUUAUGAAGCAGUAUAAGAAGAGUAUCUAUGUCUAAUCUGAGUCUAUAUUUUAUUAUUGUGUUUAGCGACUUGGUGACCUGUCAGCUCUAGCUGUGUUCAAGGAGGGAAUUCACUUUAAAAAUAAAAAUUUACCAGGAGCAAUUAAAAACAUUAUGGAAAGGUGAGUACUUCAUGCUAUUUCCUCUCUCUACUCAGAUGUAAGUGAAUGAAUAAGUGAAUUAAUAAAUCAGUAAAUAACGUUUGGAGCUCCAGACCGAGUUCGAUCGAAGGAUUAGGUCUCGAAAUUUCUGUCAAUCCACGACCUACCGUGUAUUUGUUGCACAAAGUAUCUGACAAAAAUAUCCAGUGUUGCGUGAAUGUUGCUCGUUGUGUUGUAUGAAAUGUUGUGUGCUGCGAGAGAUGUACAAGCGAUAUUGCGCGCAUUGGUUCGUGCGAUUUGGCAAAUGAUGCUACGCGCAACAAUUGCUUGCAUUGGUGUUUUCGAUGUUGCAAAUGAUGCAGCGCGCAAGAAUUGCGUGCGAGUUUGCAACUGAAUCUGCGCGAGGUGUUUUCCGUUCAUUGUUGCUUGCGAUAUUGGUAAUGAUGCUGGGUGCAACCAGCUAUACAGCGUUCAAAAAGCAUAUAUUGCUGCGGUGUCGCACGAUGCCGACUGUGUGAGCUGUUGGACGCUAUGCUGCGUUCGAUGGCAACAAGCGUCAUGGUGCGUGCUGUGUUCCACACGUUUUAUACACUUGACAAAAUCUCUUCUUUUCUUUCUCGAUCUAGUUACACUCGUUGCGAUUGCUGUGAUGGUCCAAUGUUUGGCCCAGGAGUACGGGUCAUCAAAGCUCCUCCAGAAAUGUUUGGUAUCAAGAAUCUCCCCUUUCUCUUCAAUGCCUGCACACAAACUUGCAGAAGACAGUUCAGUAAAAGUCCCCAGUCACUACAGGAGUGGAUGAAAAGAAAUGUACCGCUAAACACAACCUUUUAAUAGAGAGCUUUAGAUUUGAAGACAAGUACGAGUACGAGAGUUAACUUAAAUUUUAGCGCGUGUUCUCACAAAAAAGACACCCCGGAAAACUUCAUUAUACUUUCUUUCACCAACAAAGUUAGUAGGGUUAUUUAUACUGAAGGAGGUUAAGCCCUCUCCCGAUGGCAAAAUGAUUAAACUUCUUACAUUUGAUAACUUGUUCCCGAGACAUUCUCGCUAAAACCUCGUAGUAGAAUGACGACGGCUAUCACGUUUUCCCGCCAAAAAUGACGCUUGUUCACGCGCAAGGAAUACUCAGUAUUGAGAAAUCUCAUACUCGUAGUGGUCCUUGUCGCAGAAUCUAAAGCUCUCUAAUUGCAGCGUCUAUAGUCAACCCAGGAUAAACCAAUAAAUAUUAGUGGGCAUAAUAUAUGACGGCGCAGUGAAGGGAAAAUGGCCACCCCUAAAGAUGUCACGAGAGAACCGUUUGGUGGGUUUUAACGCCCUACAGAGCAAUAGGUUUCACCCGACAGGAGAUGAGCAAAAGGCCCAUAUCAUUGAUUUACGAUUCUACCAAGACAAGAAACGUCAGCGAAGAUAAAUACACAGAGGAACUGAUAUAUUUUAGUACAAGAAAUAACACAGAGGUAACUUUCUCUGUCUAAUGGAUAAAUUUGUUUCAAAAAUUGCUAUAUUUUUGUGAGGU